UACAAAUACGACGUCUUCCGGUUUAGUUGACGCUGAUUGGCUAUUUAACCUCUACAGAGUUCCCGCCAAGGUAGCCCGGCUGCGUGCUUAUUCUUCAUGAAACGCUAUUUCUGAAAAUAUAGCUACUUGUGUAAUAUUAUCAACGCCAUGGCUGAUAAAGAAGGUAAUUUCAUUCAAAAGUGAAUAAGCUAGCUACCAAGGUAGGCCAGGAAGGACGGGGGCUCCCGGCGUAUCAAUCGUGAAGAUAAUUAAUUAAUAAUUGUAUACAAAGAAAAUUAGCCUGCUACCUAGCUAGCUAGCAAACAAGCAAGCAAAAUGUAUUAAAAAGGCAAGCUUUGUUUAAUGUCUGAGACACAACCUGUUUGGGGGAGUGUAAAGAGUUAGCGAACGUUUGCUCAAUUUGUUAGUACGUUUGCUAACAACAUCGGGGAAACCCUACUCAACGGGCGUAACUAUUAGUUAGCUAGCUAGCUAGCUAACUAGCUAACACUUUCUCAAUGUUAAAGUGCCCUUCUCAGUCACACCUAUAUUUCAUUUGAAUGGGUUGCUGCUAAUAUGAGUUACAUUUAAAUCUGUCUCGCUUGACUUUCAUUCUGUUUUACAGCAGCGUUUGAUGAUGCUGUGGAGGAGAGGGUGAUAAAUGAGGAGUACAAGAUAUGGAAGAAGAACACGCCCUUCCUCUAUGACCUGGUGAUGACCCACGCCCUGGAGUGGCCCAGCCUCACAGCACAGUGGCUACCUGAUGUCACCAGGUAGGGUUCAUUUGGUGCUUUCAAGACAACUGGGAACUUGGAAAAUAAACGAGGUCAAAUCAUGACGUAAAAAUGUAUGCACACAUGACUGUAAGUCGCUUUGGAUAAAAGCGUCUGCUAAAUGGCUUAUAUUAUUAUUAUUAUUAUUAUUAUUAUGACCGUGAUCUUCAGGGUGGAAAGUCAGAGCUCUAGAAAGAUACCAGCGUUUCUGAUUUGGAUGACCUUUGAAAACUAUUUUUCCCAGUCUGAGCUCAUUUCACCCCCCCAAGUUCCCAGUUGUCUUGAAUGCAGCAACUAUCUGCAUCUCAAUAUAGGAAUACAUAGCUAGCUAUAGUUUUCAUGAAUACCAGAUACUUGUGCUGAUACAGAAGACUGCCUUUGCAAGAUUACUGAGAGUGGGAAGGUGUCUUUAGGAAGAUCAUUUUUGGUCUCAUAUGUGUUGCAAAGAUAUCCUUGUGUGGACCACAUUGAGUUUCUAAUGCCCCCUAUUACAUAAGAGAACUGUUUUAAAUGUAUCUAUUUAUGUUUUGUAACACCUUUUUUUUCCUAUAAUUUUAGACCUGAGGGAAAGGAUUUCAGUGUACACAGGCUGGUUCUUGGCACACACACCUCAGAUGAACAGAAUCACCUGGUCAUUGCCAGCGUGCAACUGCCCAAUGACGACGCACAGUUUGAUGCUUCUCACUAUGAUAGUGAGAAAGGUGGUGAGAGAAUGUUUUUGUUACAAUUACAACCUUUCUGCAUACAUGUUUUCAGGCUUUGGUUCAUUCAAAAUAUUGUACCGGUGGUGAUAUACAUUGGUCCUUUUCUCUGUAGCUCACUGAUCUCUGACUCUCUCUCCCUUCAGAGUUUGGAGGCUUUGGCUCAGUCAGCGGUAAGAUAGAGAUUGAAAUCAAGAUCAACCACGAGGGAGAGGUGAACAGAGCCCGCCACAUGCCCCAGAACCCCUGCAUCAUCGCCACCAAAACCCCAACCAGUGACGUGCUUGUCUUUGACUACACCAAACAUCCCUCCAAACCAGGUGGGUCUGCUUACUGCACAUUUAAACAGUAUAGCCAGGAAUUUCCAAGUCCUGCUUUAAAAAUGUUUUGUAAUAACGUGCUUACUUGUGUACUACAGAUCCAUCUGGAGAGUGCACCCCAGAUCUGCGUUUGAGGGGACACCAGAAGGAGGGCUACGGUCUCUCCUGGAACCCCAACCUGAGUGGCUGCCUUCUCAGUGCUUCUGAUGAUCAUGUGAGUGACUUGUGACUUGUCACUUGACCCAGAGCAAGUGCUUGAACACUCUUCCUCCCUCCUCUCCUCCCUUGUCUUUCCUUUCUCACCUUGUUUCCUGUCUGCAGACUAUCUGUAUGUGGGACAUCAGUGCCGUUCCUAAGGAGGGGAAGGUUGUGGACGCUAAGACCAUCUUCACUGGACACACAGCUGUUGUGGAGGACGUUUCCUGGCAUCUACUGCAUGAGUCUCUCUUUGGAUCUGUAGCUGAUGACCAGAAACUCAUGAUGUAAGGCUCCAUGAGAUGAACAACUCCCCUACAAAAACAAACUAACUUUGAAUGACACGAAUGAGCUUCAGCAGCAGCAUUGUUUGGUCUUGCUCAUUGAACAAUAACAUUGUUGAUUACUGUGUUUACUGUGCAGUUGGGACACGCGAUCAAACAAUACGUCAAAACCUAGCCAUGCUGUGGACGCCCACACUGCAGAGGUCAACUGUCUGUCCUUCAACCCUUACAGCGAGUUCAUCCUGGCCUCGGGCUCAGCAGAUAAGGUGGGCUGGAUCUCUUACUGCUUCCAAGAUUAUCUUUCAUAAUGUAGUUAGUGAAGCAGUAGUGUGGAUUUAACUGGUUGUAACUGUUUUCCCAUUUUAAGACUGUUGCUCUUUGGGACCUGAGGAACCUGAAACUGAAGCUGCAUUCGUUUGAGUCUCACAAAGAUGAGAUCUUCCAGGUAUGUUAAGUCAUGAAGCUGACAAUUAUUCCCUGUGACGUUUGUUUAGCACAAGCUGUGUGUUUUGGACCAGAUGGUGCAUCUAUGACUAAGUUGCAUCAAACCUAUCUCUGCUCCUUUCCUCCCUUAAGGUCCAGUGGUCUCCUCAUAAUGAAACCAUCCUGGCCUCCAGUGGCACAGACAGACGACUCAACGUGUGGGACCUCAGUAAAAUCGGAGAGGAGCAGUCACCAGAGGAUGCUGAGGAUGGUCCACCUGAACUGCUGUUCAUUCACGGUGGUCACACGGCUAAAAUCUCAGACUUCUCGUGGAACCCCAAUGAGCCCUGGGUCAUCUGCUCUGUGUCUGAGGACAACAUCAUGGAAGUUUGGCAGAUGGUAAGACCCCAGGACAGACAGUGCUCUGUUAAACAGUGGGAGGCUAUAGAGAAUAGUUACAUUUAUUAAUUUCAUGAGGCAUAAGUAACAGGUUUGAAAGGAUGCAGAAGCACUAACAUAGUACUACUAGUAUUAUCUUACUAUAAUAUGUAGAAUCCCCUUUUUUAAAUAUAUUAGUAGGAGUACUAAGAAUGUCUUUCCAUCUUCCAGGCUGAGAACAUCUACAAUGACGAGGACCCAGAGGGAGCAGCAGACACUGAGGUCCAGGCAUGAGUGAAACCUGUCAAUCACACAACACCCCUCCAUUGAUCACAUCCUCAAAACAGAUUUUUUUUUUUUAACAGGACACAAAAUUUAAAUGUCUUUAAAAAGAUACAUAGGGCAUACGAGUGGGUUGUUUGGCAUUUUUGUAGGGUGAAACAAAUACAUGUAGGGGGGAAACAUCUUAAAUGAUGCUCAUUGUGUUUGUUCUUAGUAACCUAUUUAUACAGUUUCAUUUCAUAAGAAAUUACAUAGAUUUUCAUUUCAUUCCCUUAACAGCUGUAUUGUAGAUUUCCCCAAUCACCUUUGUAUGUCUAGCAUCCCUGUGUCUGUAUUGCUUUGUCUUUGUAUGCCACAUCUGCAUUGGAUUCCUUUUUGCUUUGUGUGUUCAUAAUAAAAAUUGUAUUUACAUUAGACCCUUCAUGCACAGUGUAGUUUACAGUUAAGACAGGCUGAUCUCACAGCCAAGGCGAACUAUCAUAAUAUUGGCAUUGUUGAUGCAUUAAGAGCAGAUUACAUUAUUGGCUAAAUGUACCAUCAAGGACACUUGCAAACACAAUACAUGUUUGGUCUGGAGGGGUUGUGGAUAUUCCAGGUGUUAUGUCAACUGUCCUGUACUUCCAUGGGAAAGUUAUGAUUACCCUUCAGCAAUUGUCUUGCUUACUUCAAUACAGCCCCUGUAAGAAAAUAAUAAAAUCACCUUGAGACUCCCAGGAA